CAUGCGAGAAGUCGAAGCAUAUUUGUCAAAGAAGGGAAAUUAUGCCUUGACAAUAGAAAAUUUCACUUAUGCAAAAGAACUGAUAUAUCGUGAACCAUUUGAAAUUGAACGCAGUGCAAAGCAAAAAGCUUCUGUGUGCAGUACUCCUUCGCCAUCACCUAAUCUGUCAUCUUUUAAUACUUCUAAACGGAAACAGCAGACAGUUUCUAAAAAACAGACUCCACCAACCCAUUCUAAGAAACAGACACCACCAACCCAUUCUAAGAAACAGACUUUACUAACGUAUUCAUCAUCAUCAUCAUCAUCAAAAGAACAUUCAUCAAAAUCUCCUAAAAAUGAUACACUGGAAACUGCAAGAAAUUCUGGAACUAGGAAAAGUACGAGAAGAACAUCUUUAAAUAUAGAAGAAUGUGUUAAAAAGGAAAAUGAGGAUGGUGAUAGUAUUAAACCACGACCAUCUAGAAAAAUAAUUAAAAAAGUUCCAUUUGAUAAUUCAUUUGAAGAAAAAAGUCCAGUUAGGAAGUGUCGAUUGGAUUAUAAACAGAAUUCCUCCACUGAAAAUAAGACUUCUGCACCUGUUAUAUUAUCAGAUUCAUCAACAAAAUCCAGUACUCAUUUGUCUGCAAACCAGUCGGGAAAGCUGUGUACAUCACCUUCAAGUAAUACUGAAAAUACUUCAUCUGUAAAUUUACCAGUAGAUAAACAAUCUAGUAUUCAACCCCCUAAAACACGAAAAAGAUAUAAAGUAAAAUGUACAUAUUCAAAAACAGAUUCGAUGGUUCAAAGGCCGUGCACACCCCUUUGUAGAGUAGCACAUUACCAAUUUCCUUCUGUUCAGUGUGCAAUAUGUCUGUGUUUAUUUCAUCCAAGUUGUGUUCCUCCUGUAUCUAGAGGUGUAAAAUUUGCAUGUAAGCCAUGUACCAUUGUGAAACUUGAAAGCAACAGGCUUCGUAUUAAUUCUCCAACGGCUUCCAUUCCAAUAGAUGAGAUUAAUGAUGCUAGUUUAGAAAGCAUUGAUUCAUCAUUAUUAGAACCUGAAGUAAUCUGUCAGACAUAUUCUGCAGCUUUACCAGUCAACUGUACGUCUGACUGUACUCCUGGUGUUCCAUACACGCAUUUGAGUGUGCCAAAUCCUCACUUUGAAAAUAGCCAGAAAAAGAUAUUCUACUGUUGCUCAUAUAGUACUGCUCCAACUAUAGCAAAUAAUCCUUUAUCAAAUUAUUCUUCCAAUUUUGGUGAAGUAAGAUCUACUUUGAACCAAUUAAAGAUAUUGUCUUCAUCUACCAUGCCAGCAGCUCAUGGUUUAACUUCUUCCCAGACUUUUCCAUCCAGUAACUCAUCAUUUAAUUUUACUUCACUAUCUUCACAUCAACAAAAGUGUCUUGGUAUACCACGUGCGGCAAUAAAUAACCCUGUAUCAUGUAGGUAUAUGAUUUAUAAUAUAAAAAAACCUACAGCUAGUAAUAUUUGUAGUGGGCUUCAACAUUCUUCCAUGAAUCAGAACAUGUCUCGACCAGUUCUUCAGAAAAAUGCUUCUGAGUUCUCUUCUGUACGAACUCCCCUUACUGUUUUAACUGAACAGUUAAAACGGCCUUCAUAUACAUAUUCAAGAAAUGAAGCUCUGUAUAAUACUUCUGUCCCUAGUUGUAGUUAUCAGACAUCUAAGUCAUUUGUCCAAGGUAUGGAAAUGGAAUGUGUGUCGAAUCCAACUAAAAAAACUAAGUUUUCUGUUACACCUGAAAGUAAUUCUACCAACAUGUGGAGUAAUCAUACAAGCAUACAGAACAAUGUGUCUGCUUCAAAAACUAUAUCUAGUGAUAUUCCUAGAACUGCACUAUCAUCUGCAAACACUGAUCUGAAAUCUGUAUCUGUUGAAGAUAAUUGUAGAGAUUAUGUGGAAAAUGCAUUGAAUGUAAUUGUAAGUGCCAAUAAUAAUAGCAAAACACGUGAAGAAUCUUCUGAAAAAUCAGAGGCACUUUGUUCUAAACAUCAGCUUAUUUGUGAAAAGUUGAGCUCAGAUCAUACAUCAUCAUCGUCUGAAGAAGCUACUGUAAAUGAUUGUAAAUACUUACCAUUUGUAUUUAAGAUGCUGAAUAUAUGUGAUUUAUUGAGGGCAAGUCAAGUAUGUCGUAGUUGGAGGGACAUAGCCUCUGAAAACACGUUGUGGGAAAAAGUGUCAUUCUGUGGUCAAAGAGUCACCGAUUGGGAUAAGUGUUGUCAAGCUUUGAAGAAGCAUUGCACAAAAUCUUUGGAUUUAUGUGGUAUUAUACUCGAAGAUUCAUCAGAUCCAUGGGAAGAUCUUGAGCGAAACGUAGUUCAUCUGGGAGAAGUUGAAGAAUUAUCAUUUGACAAAGUUUCACCUUCUCUGGUCAUCAGUGUAGCAAACAAUAUGCCUCGCUUGCGCAUAUUAGAGUGCCCAUUUGUUACUGUUAGUUUUACAGAACCUGAAAUGUGGUUUGUAACCUGUGGACUUGAGUUGUCUUCUCUAAGAUUUCUGGGCAGACUUGAGCACCUAAAAAUUGGAUCUGCUGGUGGCAUUGUUUUAAAUGGCAGCUCUUUAUCCUUAAUGCCUUAUCUUCCAAAUCUGCGGCAUGUGGCAUUGACCGGAUUCAAGUUUUAUUCAACUGGAAAUCUUGAAUGUUUAGCUCAGAUGCAACAGUUAAUAUCUUUAGAGUUGGGCGACUGUGCUGGUAUUGAACCUGGAAUUUAUGUGUUGCUUGGCAAAAUGAGAAGGCUGAAGAAGCUGCGCUUAGAAAAUGGAGGAAAUGUUAAAGACAUCAAAUUUGCUGAAGCACUUUCAAAGAUGGAAAGAUUAGAACAGUUGGAGUUGAUGAAUUUUCAAAUGCCCAGCUUAUAUGCAGUUCUCAGUGAGCUACAGCAUCUUGAACAGAUUAAUAUUUGGCCUGAUAAUGCAACUGAGGGUCCACUGGUUAAUUAUAACUCAUAUGAAGCUAUAUCAAGAUGUAAAAAUCUCAAGUAUAUUUGUUGGGGUAUAAUAGCUGAAGGAGAUACAAUUCCAGAAAUAUUAGAACUUAAAGCCAGUGCAUCAGAAAAUGAAAUUAAAAAACUUACAUAUAAACAACUGUUUCAAAAAUUAGUCGAACUAUUUCCCAAAAUUAAAGUUGAAGUAAAAUGUGUUCCUAGGGAAUUAUGGAGAGAAUUUUGCAGUACUCGUAAAUGAAGACAUUUCAGAAGGAUUUUUGUAAAUUCCUCAGUUACGGAAAUUAGCAAUGAUGUUUCAUUUUGUGGAAUUUUUGAAACGUAUGUAUUAAACAUACCCAGAUGGUCAGCUUGCAAAUUUUCUUUGAUUCUUAAUGCUUGCAUGUGAAAAGCAUUAACUUUUUUUUCAUUCCAUUUAACAAUGUAAAAAGUUGUUUUAAAAAUUUCAGUUUUGUUUUUGUGUUAUUUUAAAUAUUAAAUUUGAAAUUAUUCCUUUUAAACAUGUAAAAUAAAUGUAUUUACAUGUUUUAACUACAUAGUAUUUUAAUUGUAUGGAUUAUUAAUUAUUUUACCAUGAUGAGACUACAAAGUUUGUUUUCCCUCAGAUGAAUAUUUUCAUAUGUUUCAGUAUAUCAACAUAGUCCUAUAUAUUUAACCUAAUUCAUAUACUCCUAUAUAUUCAAAACUUCUGAAAAUAUAGUUUUAUAUUUACAUUGUACAGCAAUUUGAUUUAUACAAUCUUUUUUAUGUGAAAAGAUGCAAAUGUGCACAAUGAAUGAUGAGAGAUGAUGCAAAAGAAUCACCUGAAUUAAUAACAUAUUUUAUGUUUAAUUCAAAAAAAAUCCCAAUGUAAAUCUUCUAGGCAUUAAGAUAUUUAUAAACUAAGUUCAAUCUUUUUAUUAGAUAUAUGUCACUAAGUUAACUGUGUAGUUGCACUUAUUGAAGAGCACAAUUUUAUAAAAAUGAAAAUGUAUAUGUUUUAGAAAGAAUGUAAGAGGCAUUCUCAUGGUUGAGAACAAACUGUGUUAUAGCUCCUGUAAAUUGUAAAUAUUUUUAUCAAUAUUUGUAUUUCUGUAAAUAUAUUGUGGUCUUAAUGCUUGUUAACUUUUUUUUAGAGAUAUCUUAACUGUAUUUCAAAUACUGAAAUAAUCACUAUGCUGUUAACAUAAUGCAUAUGUUCAGUGAAUUUUUUGUGGAACUAUUAAAAAAUCAAAAUGCAAAAUAUAUUUAUAUUAAAAAUGAGUACAACAUAUUUCUGUUGCAGUAGCUCUCCUAAAAUAUCUUCAGUUUAUAACAAAGAAUUUCUAAAAAAUCCUUGUAUUAAGCAAGUUUCUCAGUAUUUUAUUUUAAUAGUGUACUAUUUAAAAAAACAUACAAGGUAUUGUAAAUAAAUAUUAGACAUGUACAUUAAUAAAAAGCAUUAUUUUUUACUUUA